AUGCAAUAUUCAUCAACUAUCCUCAUUGCUGCUUUCGCAGUUACUAGUGUAUUUACCCACGGAGUAGUUGAUUCAGUCGUUGGCGCCAAUGACGUUACUAUGCCGGGUCUCUCAGUUGCCGACGGCACGCCGCGUGAUUGCGCCAGUCCUCGCUGCGGAUCUGAGGCUGAUACUUCUAUCAUCCGUAAACGUGAGAUGGGCACCAGCAAGGCCACUGCACUUGGUCGCACUCAGGGCGGUGGUCCCGUCGACGCCAGCAAGAUGAUGGCCAUGUUCAUGGGAGGCGGCGGCAAUGCUACGGCGACAAAGGAAGCACGGGAAGUUCACGCAGCCAACGUCCUUCGUCGAAGUCUUGGAGAGCGUGCAGCCAACGGAGGAACCAAGACUCCUAAGGGCACCUUGGAGACUGGUGUCAAGGCUGCAGCUGGAGCUGGAGCAUCCAGCGGCAUGCCGACUUGCUCGGACGACGGCAAGGUCAAGAUGACCUACCACCAAAUCAACCAAGACGGAGCCGGGCCAUUAACGGCCAUGGUUGACGCCACUUCGGGUGGAACUGACCCAGCGGCAUUCAAAUCGGCCGAAGUAACACAAAAUGUGCCGGGAAUCGGUAUUGGAGGACUGUCAGCCGCGGCCGUGAUGGACUUUCCGGUAGAAGUACAGAUGCCAGCGGGAAUGACAUGCUCUGGAACAGUAGGCGACGCUCAGAACGUAUGCAUUGUUCGCAUGCAAAAUGCAGCAGCAGCAGGCCCAUUUGGAGGAUCGGUAGCAGUGACGCAAAGCCCGGCUGCCAAGAAGCGUGCUAUUGAGUACAACUUGUCCAAGCGUCACUUUGCCCGAGCUCUGGCCAAGAGAAACGCCGAAGAUGACGCAGCAGCAGCAGCAGCCAUCGCAGAGCUUGAGAAGAUCGGAUCUGCAACCAAGGAUGAACAAGCCGAAAAUGAAGCUUCUACCCCACUAACUUCGGAUAAGAAAAAAGCAGACAAAGACGACAAGAAAAAAGCAGACAAAGACGCUGAGGCCGAAGCAAUAGACGCCGAGACAAAAGCUGAAGAUGAAGAUGAAGGAGCCAAACCUGCUUCAACCAAAGCUUCAGGAAAGAAAUCAAAGGAGGAAGCUGAAGCAGAGGCACUGGAUGCGGAGACAAAAGCUGAAGAUGAGGACACGGGAGCAAAAUCUGCCAGUCCCUUGACCUCAGACAAGAAAAAAGCAGACAAAGACGCUGAGGCCGAAGCAAUAGACGCCGAGACAAAAGCUGAAGAUGAAGAUGAAGGAGCCAAGCCUGCUUCAACCAAAGCUUCAGGAAAGAAAUCAAAGGAUGAAGCUGAAGCAGAGGCACUGGAUGCUGAGACGAAAGCUGAGGAUGGAGAAUAG